AUGGAGACUGCAGGAGAAGGCAGCAACCCCGGAGGCGGGGUGACGCCCCGGCCCCUCCAGAAGCUGGAGCAGCGGGUGGCCCGCAGACGCCUGUCCCAGGCCCGCCACCGAGCAACCCUGGCGGGGCUCUUCGGCAACCUCAGGAAGGCUGUCUACUCCCACUCUGAUCUCACAGCCUCAAAGUGGCAAGUUUUGAAUAAGGCGAAGAAUCAUAUUCAGGAACUGGAACAAACUUUGGAUGAGCUACUGAAGCUGAAAGAAUCUUUCAACCUGGAGGAUGGGAAUGCAAACAGCUUAGAGGAGGCCAAGAAACAAUAUGCCAGCAUGUACUCCAGAAACCCCAGUCUGGUGUCAAAUAAAGUUCACUGGAAAGUCUCGGACACUUGGUGCUCCAUCGAGGCAGCUGGGAACGAUGUUGAGGAGGAAGAAGAGGAAGAAGAGGAGGAGGAGGAAGACCAAGAAGAGGAGGAAGAGUAUGAGGAGGUGGAGGAGGAAGAGGAGAAAAAAGUGGAGCUCUUAAACUCCUCCGUCACCUUGCUGCCAGAUCUCUUGGAAUUUGAACGGUACCUCAACUUUUACAAGCAGAUGAUGGACUUUCUGACCAGGAACAAAAUCAUCUCCUCCAAGGAGGUGACGCUCCCCAUCGUGUCUGCGGCCAUCUCCCAUCUGUGGCAGAUCCUCUCGGAGGAGAUGAAGACCAUGCUCUUCCAGGCCUGGGAGCAGACACAGAGCGGCCUCGUGGGGUCCUAUCCCGAGCCGGCCUGCGCCGAGGGCAGCAUGAAGGACAGCGGGGUUGACAGCCAAGGGGCCAGCUGCUCGCUCGUCUCCACCCCUGAGGAGAUCCUUUUUGAAGAUGCCUUUGAUGUGGCAAGUUUCCUGGACAAAAGUGAAGCUCCAGGCACAUCUAGCCCCAGUUCCAUGUUGGCCGUCUGCAACCCAAAAAGUCCUGAGGAGAUGUUUCAGCUCUACGUGCAGAUCAUCGAUUUUUUCAAAGGCCUUUGCUGUGUUAACACUCAGUUCAAGCAGGAACCAGACCUUCCCAUCGACGACGAGAUGAUAAUGCUGAGGUGCACGGAGACGUUUGACGAUGAAGAUCUGUGA